UCUACUCUCUCUUUUGUAAAUGGGGACCCACUGCCCACCACCAUGAGAACGAACUGCAGCAGAUACCUGCCAGGAGUCCCACCAGAGCACCUGUACUCUCCAGCACCCACCAGCAAGACCAGAGCCAGCGGCGGUGGCUGCCCGGAACAUGUCACACCGGUGUCCACCAAGGAUGGGCAGCUGCUCUCUGUCAUGCAGACCCUCACCACACAGAGCAGCCCCUUUAAUGGCCAGCCGAUAUGCAGGAUCUGCCAUGAGGGCAGCAGCCAGGAAGACCUGCUUUCCCCUUGCAAAUGUACAGGAACAUUGGGGACCAUUCACCGCAGCUGCCUGGAGCACUGGCUGACGUCUUCAAACACCAGCUGCUGUGAACUCUGCCACUUCAGGUUUGCAGUGGAGCACAAAUACAGACCAUUGGUGGAGUGGCUGAGGAAUCCAGGCCCCCAGCACGAGAAACGGACUCUCUUUGGAGACUUGCUGUGCUUCUUUUUUAUCACUCCACUGGCGAGCAUCUCUGGCUGGUUGUGUCUGCGAGGAGCAGUGAACCAUCUGCACUUUAGUAGCAGAUUAGAAGCCGUUGGCCUUAUUGCACUUACUGUCGCACUCUUCACUAUUUACCUGUUUUGGACUCUAGUAUCCUUUAGGUAUCACUGUAAGUUAUACAGUGAAUGGCGUCGGACCAAUCAACGUGUGAUACUCGUACUGCCGAAUUCUGCCAACAUUCCCUCCAACCGGCAGUCUCCACUGGGCCUGCAGUCCGUCAAGAGGAACUCAAAGGAGACAAUAGUUUGAUUUGGGCAGUUAUGCAUAGGGACCAUGCACUAAAAAUAUAUCCAUCAAACUCACUGGCAUCAAGCACUGUCCAGAACACUUAAGUGUGCUACUUCGAUUUACCAGCUCUUCACAGAGGAAUAAGUCACUGUUUGUUUGAAUUCAAAUCAUGGAUGCUACAAUCACAUGAUUUUUGCUAAGCUGCCAAACUUGCUUUAUUAGCAGAUACUGUGUGGUAUUGUACAAACUUGUGUUAAUAAUUACAUCAUGAUGCAAACUUUUUUAUUGUUUAAAAUAUUAAACUGUGGUAAUUAUCAAUGAAAAACAGGUUUAAGAGGUGUUCUGUCUUUAUCAUUUCCUGUUCCUACAGUAUUAUUUAGGUAGAUCAACAGUAACCACUGCUGGUUUUAGUUUUCUAAAGCACAGCAAUGGCACUCGCCUAGUUGAUUUUAUUUGAAGAUCCUUUAGGCCAAUAUUCUGGAUUAUUAAAACUUUUGUGUUAUAAGUUCCACAAAUUGGCAUAUUAUUUAGAAGCUACAAAGUGAUCAGAAAAUGAUCUGCUGUUUCUUAUUUGGCAGGGAAAGAAAAUUCUAGGUAACAAAUUUAGCAUGUGCAAAAGAAAGAAAUGACACAAAUUGCAGUAAUCUUCCAACUCAAGUACUUUAGUACUUAACACUCGGAAAAAAAUAAUUGCACUUUUUCCACUUAGAAGCAACAAAUUGGGCAACUCAUUCUGCACUGAAACACACAUUUUGCUCCUGCAAAUUCAAACUUAGCUGGUUUUCUCUGCAUUUACACCAAGCUGCAUUUAACUCUAAUUGUAAGACUUACUUUUGUAAAGAAAGGUCUGCAUACAUAAUAAAUGAGGUCAUUUGACGUAUUUUGGGAAGUGCAUAGAAAUUAGCACUAUUUUAAAGCUGCAGAGUUCUCAGCUUGGCACAUAGAUAUGAGUAUAUGUAAGCCUUGGCCUCUUGUUGCAACACUCAGACUAAAGCACUUUCUUAAAAAGAAUGUAAUAGCCUGCCUAUGGUGACCAAUCUGAAUUUGCAGCGUAAAGACUAGACUCUGCUCCUAGGUGGCAUUAACUGUUUCCUGCUGGUUUUACUCCCAAUUCAUUCAGC